AUGCUUGAAAUAAAUCUUAAUUUUGUAAAAUGCUUGAUAUAUAUAAAUUGUUAUACAAGUAUUUUAAAGGAAUAAAUGUUUGGGGCUUAGGUUGAAAAUUCUUUGGUUCUAAAAAAGAGAUGA